AUGAGCACGAGAAAGCGCACGAAGGAGAAUUCCAAAAGUUCCAAAAAAAAAGAAGGCAGGAGAGAGCAAAACGGGGCAGGUAAAAUCGGAAACAAAGAAUUACAUUAUGUUGUUAAGCUACACUCGGAUGAAGAAAAUAACAGCAAGAACAACACAAAUAAAAACAAGUACAAAAAUGCAAAGAAAAAAAACAAUAAAAGACGAAGCUUAUCAGUACUUAUCCCCAAUUAUAAAAAAGACAUCGUAAAUAACAUAAAAUUGGCUGACAAACUGUACAAAUUAACAAGAAAUAAAAGUUCAGAAGAAUCAGAAAAAGACAAUCGCAUGAGAAGGAAAAACUCAAAAAGGGAAAAAAAAAAUGAUUCGAAGAAGAGCAAGAACAAACAUAGGAGAAGCCUCACAUGUGGAAGUUACCACUCCGAUAGUGAAGAUAGUGUGAAUAGCGCGCAAAAUAACAAGAAGGUGGAUAUAAAUAUUAAUGAAGUACAGACCAAGUAUAAAAAUAAGAACAUAAAAAUUAUUUACGACAAUGGAUAUUCGAAGAGAAUCGUCGUCCGGAGGGACAAAAAGAACGAAGGGAGGAGUGAAGGGGAAGAAGAAUAUGAAGACGGGAGCGACAGCGAUGGUCAAAGUGAUGGCGAGAGUGAUGACGAGAGUGAUUACCAGAGUGAUGAUCAAAGUGAUGAUCAAAGUGAUACCCAAAGUGAUAACCGAAGCGAUGAUGGAACAGAAUCAGAUAGUGAACGUCGGUGCGGAAGCCAACCCGAGGACCGCUCGAAAGGCUACAACAAAUCAGCACGGAAGAAAAAACGCAGUGGAAGAAGAAAGCGGAAAGAAGAAAUCAAACCCACCAAGAGGAAGAAAACAAAAUGCGCCAAACGGCACUCCACAACUUUGAGUGACAGUUACUGUGAGGAAAAGAGGAAAAAAAACAUUCAAAGGGGGAAGAGGGAAUUCUCGACUCAAAAAUUCGUGGCAGCGAAAAACAGGAAGGAGAGCAGUGAACCAAUAGACAGGAAUUACAGAGCAGAUAUAAACUAUGAGAAAAGGGAAAAGAAAGACUACUACCCUAACAUGUAUGAAAGAGAAACUAGUGAAAAUAGAAAUAAAGACAGAAGCAAAAAUAUGAAAGCAUUUGAAGAUGUAGAAAUCUUUAAUCCAUGCAUUGACAUAGGCAGAAAAACUAUGACGUACCAAACAUUAAGCACAAGGAGUGACCAAGUGAAAAACAACUUUUUGCUGAACAUUAAGGAUAUAGUUUUUAAGUUACAUCUGAACAUACAGAACGUUAGGGAAAUACUAAAAAACAAGAAUGAUUAUAUAGCGAGCUUGCUAGACUCAUCGUAUAGAAAUAUUAUUGAAAAUGUAAAACGCAACGCAAUAAAGCAGGAAAAUUUUUACAGAAUAAUUUUUCACGAUCUCUUUAAUUUAUUAAAUGAAUUUAUCAUGGUGGAUGAUUAUACAAAGAAGUUUUUUUUCAGCAUCGAGUCGGAGGUUAGGCAGAGAUGCUUGGAAAAUAUUAAGAACGAGUUUUACAAUUUUAUCAAUAGGUACUUGCCGUCGGGGGAGAGGAGAAGUGUGUAUAGCCCCAACAGAGAUGCGAACGAUUUGAAUCCGCAGGAUAUGUACAAGCGCAUCAUGGACAUGCACGAAUCUGCCAACAAAAGGAAGAGUCUCUAUUCUGCUCUGGCCUCGUAUAACAAUGGGGUGGUGCCCACCGGCAGUGGCUUACCCGGCGAAUAUCAGGUUCACGGCGACAUGCAGAGCAUAUUGCACCUGAACAGCCUGCAACAUAUAGAAGGUGGCAGGAGCGACCUGGGUAAAAUGGACACCAUAGGAAACGACCUUCUACUUAAAGUAAAAAACGCAAGCAUCAUCCAAAAUGCAAGCGACCACGACGAUGCCGUCGACUAUCUAAAAGGAAUUGUAAAAAGUGAAAAGGAAAAAAACAUAAAAUUAGAGUUGCAGUAUGAUGAAUUGAAACAAAAAUAUGAUCUGUUGAAGAAGAAGAGAGAACAAGACAUCACGAAGGAAGUCAAUAUGUCCAAAAGUAUCGCAGAUGAAGAAGAUAAUUUUUUUAAGAAAUUUUAUCAGAGUCAGUCAUUUAUCAAAUUGGAGGAAAAAAAACUGGAGGACUCAUCCAAGAAGAUCGUCGAUGAAAAUGUGAGGCUCACCAGGAUGAAAGAAAUGAACGAAAAUAGCAAAAGGCAAAUAGAGAACGAUGUACACGACAUGGAAAUUAAGAGAAAAGAAAUUGAGAAAGAUAAGGAUGAUAUGGAAAUUAAAAAAAAGGAGAUCGAACUUGCAAAAGAGGAGAUGAAUAAGCAAAACAAACAAUUGGAAGAAGAACAGGAUAUACUAAAUCGCAGGAGAAAAGAACUGGAGGAAGAGAAAUCAAUGCUAGAUAACACCAAAAGGGAGGUAGAUGAACAGAAUGAUUUGAUAAAGGAAAAAAAGAGGGAGCUGGACGAGCUGAACAAGUUGUUGAACGAAAAACAGAAACUCGUGGAGGAGGCCGAUAACACACUGCACCAGAAGCAGAAAGAAAUUAAGGACACAGAUUUGCUACUGAACGAGAAACAAAGCACCAUACAGAGAAUGUGCACAUUAAUGGGAAGAGAAGGAAUAAAUCAAAUAAAAGACGACGGGAUCACUUUGGAGGAGAGAUGUAAUCAGUUGAAGAGGGCAAGCACCCAAAUGAAGUCUAACGAGACGGAGCAUUCCAUACAAAAUGAUGAUCCAAAUGAGCAACAUGAAAGUGGCAACGAUUCCAACAAAAGAGAAAACGAAGAGAUCAACGAAUCCUAUAUGCAAUAUGAUAACCCUAUUUAUACAACCACUGGAGGGAUUACCACCGAUAAGUAUGGCACUCUCACUUUAGAGAAAUCACGAACAAGAAUUGUGGAAAAGCAAACAAGCCGGAUCGAUAUGAACAUUCAGGAGAACGCAAAACGAAGCAACGUUUUGUCUUAUUUAGGAAACUCGAAAUUUUCUCUCAAAGAUGCCUCUAAGAGGGAGAGCAACUUGUCGCCAAUAAGUGAGACCUCACAAAAUGAUGAACUUGCGAUAAAUCAUAAAGAAAUUCUAAUGAUGAAGAAUGAAAUUGUGGAAAGGGAAAAGAGCCUUUUAAGUAGGGAAGAAAAGCUCAAUGAGGAAAAGGAACAAAUCGCUAAGCAGAUGAACGAACUUAGCAUCUUAAGGGAUGGCAUUUCCAACAAAACGGAGGCACUGCAUAUAUGGGAAGAGGAAUUAAAAAGAAAAGAAUUACACCUAUUAGGCAUGCAACAAGAAGGAGAGGGUACACAGCGGGAAGGACAACCAAACGUCUGCACAAAGAGGACCAACUCCCUUUCUUGUAACGCAGAAGAAAAGAAUAAUUGGGGCGAAAAUACAAAGAAACAUUUCGAACAAGCACCUUUCGGAAAUGACUCUAAGGAAAUAGUCGAAAAUGAUCAAAUGGGUCACCUCAAAACAGAUCAACAUGAAAGUGAUAAUAAGAACAUCAAACAACUCCAGGACGAAGAUGAAAUAAAGGAAUCGCUACAAAAAGGGGAUAGCACAUAUUUGGAAGGUAACAAUAGUUCACAGGGGAAAAAUAUGAACGACAGUAUUUCCAACCCGUGUGAAGAUUCCCCCUCAACAGGUGAUAACCUAGACGCAAUAAAAAGCAACCUAAACAACUGUUUGGAUGAAAUCGCUAAGUGUAAACUAUUGCUAAAAAGUAGAGACGAAGAAAUUACUUCAUUAAGGACCCAACUGGAAAGGCAACAAGGUAAAGCCAACUGGAACGGAGAUGCUACACAAGGGGGAAACAGCUCGGGGGAUAAUUCAAAAAUGGAGAAUUCUCUUUGCAAUACAGGUGAUGUAGCGGGAGGGAUAAAUGGGCGAACAGAUUCUCCUUCCCUGUCGGGUGAUUCGGGUAACAUGGCCAUGGAUUCUUUGAAGCAGCCCGUAGGAUUUUCAGGCCCCGUGUCCGAGGAGAAUAAGUCCAAUUCAGAGGGGGCUGAAUUAAACGCUCACAAGACGAUGAAAAGUGUCAUCAGCAGCGAGCUCAUCACAUUAUACAAGGAAAUAAGCAAAAUAAAGGAGGAAUACAACAAAAGUAUCCUUAAAAAAAAUGAAUUCAUAGGGGGCCUCUUGCACAAUUUCUUUAACGAAAUGAGAAACAACUACAAGUUGAAGGAGAAUUUCUACCAGAAGGAAUCCAGCAAAUAUCAAGCCCUCAUUAGCGACAAAGAAUGCUACAUAAACGAACUUAAAAACGCGUUGCAGGAAAAAAAGGCGAAGGAAGUGUCCUACAAGAAGAUGCUACUCAAAAUGAAUCAAAUAAAUGAUGCGUACAAAUUAAAGAAUAAAAGAAGCUUGUCCACGGUGGAAAUGUUGAAGCAAGACAUAAAGCUCCUAAAUCAGGACGUUUUAAAAAAAAAAGAAAUGAUUAAAAAAUUCGAAGUAGCUCAGUGA